UGCUACACCGGCCAACGACGCAUGCGCCCUAACCAAUGUAUGCUAACGCAGUGGAGUUAGCUUCAAGUCGUUAACCGGUACCCAUUAAAUUCACAGAAAUUGCUUUAAUUACACCUCUUUUGGAUGUGUGUGUGUGUCAACUUAAUGCACAAAUAACUGAAUCAGAAGCUGGUCGCCAGUCAUAUCGGGACUGAUUGAUUGAUUGAUAAUGGCAGACCCAGCGCGGAUCAAGAUUGAAGGCACACCCGAGACACCUUCAGCUAACGAGGAUCGUCCUAAAUCAGUGGACCCCGAGGAUGUGCCUGCCUCAGUAAAUGUGAAAGAUGAACCCAAGGAGUUCUCCUCUCAGGCUCAGCACAAACAGGAUGCUAAAGCGGAUCCAGUGGCUGGAGAAGAAGAGGAGGACGGACCCUCGGGCCAACCUGCGUCCAAAAGGCUGAAGGUAGAACCAGAGAAGAAAAAGGAGAAGAGACACAAGGUUGAUGAGGAUGAAAUACAGAAGAUGCAGGUUUUAGUGUCGUCCUUUUCUGAAGAGCAGCUCAAUCGCUACGAGAUGUACAGACGGUCCGCUUUCCCCAAGGCUGCUAUCAAGAGGCUGAUCCAGUCCAUAACAGGAUCUUCAGUCUCUCAGAAUGUUGUGAUUGCCAUGUCGGGCAUUUCAAAGGUUUUUGCGGGGGAAAUUGUUGAGGAAGCUUUGGAUGUUUGUGAAAAGUGGGGAGACACACCACCGCUGCAGCCCAAGCACAUGAGAGAGGCAGUGAGACGGUUGAAGAGCCGAGAGCAGAUUCCCAACACCAAGUACAAGAACAUUCUUUUUCACUGAGUCACCAGCACCACGGGUCAUGUGAGGACGGACAGGCAGCCUGUGCCAGGUAGUGGUGACCCAAAAUGUGGACAAUUUAUCGAAUCAUUAACCAACCAACCAACCGAGCGCAGACGGGAUUCUCUGCCAGCUUACCAAAGCUGUGAUUGAUUAAGGCAGUGUAGCUUGGAGUUACCCUGUUGAAUUAAGCUUUUGUUACUGUUAUAAUAAAUGCCUUGUACAGUACAGUUCAAAUGAUUCUGUAUACUUUAUUUUUGGUUGUAAAUAUGUUUCAUUUUGAUAUGAGAACAUGGAACAUUUUUUUUUCUUGUGCUUGUAGUAAAUGUUUAUUUUGUGCCACAAAGGUAUUUUACUUAGCCAAGGACCUUUGGUAAAGGGUUGUUAGGGAAAAUUAUGUGCAGUUUCUGCAAUUAUUUGCAAUAUACCUUCAUGACAUUCUAGUUGUGAUUCUAAAUUGAGAUUUUUAUUAAACGUUUGAAUGCAAUUUAUAAUCUUGUCAUUAACUAAUCACAUUGGUGCUCUUUCCAACCCACAUUUUUAAUCACACUAAAGAAUAUGUCUAUCAUGUUGAUGAAUUGAGUAAGCAUGUGCUGGUCUAAAUGUAAUAGUAAAGCAGAGCCCCCCGCCCCCCAAUUUUACAAGGAAAAUCUUAAACUUUUUUUUUUUUUUUUUUUUUACCUGAAUCUGAACCACAUACAAUAAAGAGGGAGUUUCAAAGACAGGCCUCUAUCUAGUAUAUCUU